AUGCAGGAGCAGGAUCCGACAUGGUGCACUUUUGCCGCUAUGGCGUACUUGGCGGCAACCGUGUUGGCCGCCACGUUGGGCGACACGAAUUAUUGGUACCACAUGCAACCAUACUACGACAUCGAGAACAUCAACUCCUAUCCUGAUGUUAGUCCUGCUCGUGAGCGAGGCCAGCAGCUGAUGGAUGCAGGACGCGUCUAUUUCGAAGAUGGGGCGUCUCUGGACGUGAGCAAGUCCAUGUCCUUCAAGAACUUGGAGAGGUACUGUGUUGCCCCCAUCAUCAGUGGAGCAGCGCCGCUCUCCUCCUACGACUUUUGGGCGGUCGGCGUCAACUGCUGCGGCGGCGCCCGAGGAGACUUCCGCUGCGGAGAGUACAACAACCCGAAGGCCCGCGCAGGGCUGCGCUUGAUGCGCGAUGACCAGAGGCCGUUCUUCCGGCUGGCAGUGCAGCAGGCCGAAGCGGCGUACAACAUCAAGGCGAGCCAUCCGCUCUUCUUCCACUGGAUGCAGGAUCCAGUCGCUGAGACGAUGAGCUACAAAGCCUCAGGUCUGUCCCAUGCGCUGAUGGCAGUGUCUGGCCACUUUGUGUUCAACCUGCUCUGCGUGGCCGGUGUGUCAUGGGCCUUCUCCAAGAUCUCGCACAAGUUCUGA